UAGUUUUCUGGUUUGCUAGUUUUAUGGUAGCAGCAUUCGCCAAGAAAGUCCCACCCACGUUGGAGCCUACUCAUCAUAGACUUAUAAUUUUCUCUUCUUCUUUUGGUAAAAACUCUAAAAGAAAGAAAGGGAUAUGGAAGGGAACUCUGGCGGCGGCGGCGGCGGCGGAGCAGACAGAGGAGGAGGCGGCGGCGGAGAAAGAGGAGGAAACGAUGUGGAGCUGGUUUGCAAAACACUUCAGGUAGAACACAAGCUGUUCUACUUCGAUCUCAAGGAGAACCCACGCGGGCGUUAUCUUAAAAUCUCGGAAAAGACAUCGGCUACCAGGUCAACCAUCAUCGUCCCUUCUUCCGGCAUCUCCUGGUUCCUCGAUCUUUUCAAUUACUACGUCAACUCCGACGACCACGACCUCUUCAGCAAGGAAUUGCAGCUUGACACUAAAGUCUUUUACUUUGACAUUGGCGAGAACCGGAGGGGUCGUUUCUUGAAGGUGUCUGAAGCAUCUGUGAGCAGAAACCGCAGUACCAUUAUUGUACCAGCAGGAAGUACCAGGGAUGAAGGGUGGGCAGCCUUCAGGAACAUAUUGGCAGAGAUCAAUGAGGCAUCAAGGCUUUUCUUAUUGCCGAAUCAGCAGCAAAGUUCUGAACCUUCAGAACGUCUUGUUGGGCUUUCAGAUGAUGUAGGGGCGGGCUUCAUAUCUGGACACAACCAGCCUAGCUCAACUUCUGAAUUGAAUGUAGAUAGAUCAAUUGAAUUGCCACCACAGGAUGAAACUGGUAACAUGGGGGUUUCAAAGGUGAUCAGAGCUGACCAGAAGAGAUUCUUCUUUGAUCUUGGGAGCAACAGCAGAGGACAUUUCUUGAGGAUAUCUGAAGUUGCAGGUUCUGAUCGGUCUUCCAUCAUUCUCCCACUGUCAGGAUUAAAGCAGUUCCACGAAAUAGUGGGUCAUUUUGUGGAGAUAACAAAGGAUCGCAUUGAAGGAAUGAUGAGUGCAAAUGUUCGAACGGUGGAUCCGCCACAAAGGUGAAUGGCUGGCAGUGGAAGAUGGUAAAAUAAAUAAUUGUCAAGUUUGGUUUAAAGCCUCUAAUAGUAGAGAUGCAAUUGUGGUGUCAUUCAAGGCUUGGAAAUAAUCCGAUUUUUCUGUUUGAUUAACAGAGAAAUAUUGGAGAUAAGUUGUGAAGGGAAAUAAUGGACAAAUUGGUUGUAAUUUGUGAGUUUGAUGGUGUGGCCUCUCAAUAAUGUCUACUUCUGUUUAGUAUCAAACACUGCUUGAAUGUACUAAUAUUAAUUAAUUAAUUAAUUACUUAAUUCCAUUCCCAAAGAAA